UCAUUUUUCCUUUCUUCCAAACAAAUGGCUCUUCUCCUUCCAAAAACCAACUUUGUCUUAGCCAUUUUCCUUCUGUUGCUAAUGCUUUCCACAUCCAAAGGAUCGCUGGACGUGCAUUACUACCAUCAAACAUGUCCACAAGCUGAGAAUAUCAUCUUUGAAACUGUUCGCAAAGCUUCGAUCAAUGACCCUAAAGUUCCAGCUCGAAUCCUUCGAAUGUUCUUCCAUGACUGCUUUAUAAGGGGAUGUGAUGCAUCGGUGUUGCUGGACUCAACUCCUGGAAACCAAGCGGAGAAAGAUGGUCCUCCUAAUAUUUCACUUGCAUCAUUCUAUGUGAUCGAAGACGCGAAAACUAAGCUGGAAAUGGCAUGUCCGGGGACAGUUUCUUGUGCUGAUAUCAUCGCCAUUGCAGCAAGAGAUGUUGUAGCCAUGUCCAGAGGCCCGUAUUGGAAUGUACUCAAAGGAAGGAAAGAUGGGAGGGUGUCCAAAGCUUCUGAAACCGUUAACCUACCAGCUCCAACCUUCAAUGUAACUCAACUCAUUCAGAGCUUUGCUCAAAGGGGUUUAGGACUCAAGGAUUUGGUUGCUCUAUCUGGCGGACACAGUCUUGGCUUCUCACAUUGUUCUUCUUUUGAAGCUCGGGUUCACAACUUUAGCUCGGUACAUGACGUUGAUCCUACCAUGAACACCGAGUUUGCAGAAAGGCUGAAGGAGAAAUGCCCGAAGCUGAAUAGGGAUCGCAAUGCUGGAGAGUUUCUGGACUCGACUGCUUCCACUUUUGACAAUGACUAUUACCUACGACUAAUGGCAGGGGAGGGCUUGUUUGGAUCAGAUCAGGCCCUGCUUACAGAUUACAGGACUAGAUGGAUUGUUGAAUCAUUUGCUAAAGAUCAAGGUUUGUUCUUCAGAGAAUUCACAGCUUCGAUGGUGAAACUUGGAAAUGUAGGAGUCCUUGAAAAUGGAGAAGUGAGACUCAAAUGCCAAGCAGUGAACUGACAGCUGAGCAAGAGUCAUAGAGAGAGAUAAAUAAUAUGCUGUUAAAUUCGGCAGUUUUAUAACCCUUUGUUCUACGUUGGUGAACAAGGUAAGAUUGGCACACAGUGAGAAGCCAAUAAUAAUUAAUCCAAAUUUGCCUUCAUUCAA